UGACCGUUUUGGAGCUUCGAUCUAACCACAUUUGCCGACAGCGCUAAUUGGCCAAUGACUGUUGACUUUCUUUCCUCUCCUUCACUCUCUGUAUCUGUAUUGUAGACAGGAAUCCAUCAUUGCAAUUGCUGCGAAGAAAGGAGAGGAGAACAUCACCUACUAAAAUCGCAGAAGGUUAUCGUUUUCUUUUGCAGGACAUAAGGCUGCAAUGCAAGGCUGAUGAUGCAUGAAAGGCCACACAUUGACCAGGACGUACAAUCAUGAUUGCUGCAGUCUUCGAAUAGCAAAGGAUUGGGCACAAAGAACGAUAAUCGACAACAGUGGACGCAAUGCGGGACGAAGCAGAAACUCACAGUCUGCAGUGGCAGUUCUGGUCCAGAAAGGCUACUUUGAAGGUAUCCCUACCUGCAUCUCACUUUCCACAGAUCAGAUGCUGCAAGACAGUCCUUUUGGCAUUUCACAAGCCAUAGAAUACACACUGAUGUACAUUGUUGGCUCAAAUGCUACCAUUGUCUGGCUCUCAAGUCUGUCUGGCCAUCUUCCACAACCUACCAAAACCCCUUCCCUCUCCCCUCCUCCCUUUUCACUGCCUCUUCAGAUCCCAUCCACUGCCUUGCGCGGCAUUAUGGAGGCUUGCCUGCUAGAAUAUCAACUUUUCAGUCCUUUCUCAGCAAAUCUAGUCUGCGAACUGUGGGGUACGCACUUUGUUCAUGUUGACAAGCAACGAUCUUCAAUGCUUAGUUGCAGAUUCCGGCUUUGUUUUGCCAUCCAAGUUUGUGGCACUUCCUUUGAUUGUCAAUUUAUACCAUCACACUCCAUAUAGAGGAUUCCUUGACAUUUGACUUGCUCUGUAACUUGGAAACAUCAAACAGAUUCCCUCCAAGAGACGUAUGCAGAGUGCAUCGUCUCGAAGAUGCUCCUCGUUUCUUUCAACCAGCGAUCUA